UCUACGUCACGUUAUGCCUGUGACCAAGGCAAGUGUCAACACAAAAUAUACGAAACAUUUACACGAACGUACAUCGAUGAUUUCUCGCAGGAGUGUUAUUAACUAAACAUGAAAUACUAAGGGACAACACAUGAGAGUCUAGAUCUACAUCAAUGACUCAGUUAUCUCCCACGUGGACCAAGAAACGAAUCCCUCAGGAAGAACUGGACGCCUAUUUGAACGGAAACCCCACCAGUACGUCAGGACCCCAGCACUUCCUUUACAAACCCAACCACGAUGACAGUCUCGGAAAAAAUCAAACUACGUCUUCCCGCUCUGUAGUGCAGAACGCGCGCAACCGGAAGUUGCGGAAGUUAGCCGUGGCGGCAAGAAAUAAUUUUUCAAAAUCAAUGGACGUCAAUUCCAAAAUCUCCAUCUCUGAACGGCUACCCAUGGGACCAGACAUUCGAUUCCGUGAAUAUAAAUCUUACACGCCUUAUAAACCAAACCCUGCAUUUUCUGUGGAUCCAUUUAAAAAGUAUAUCUCUUCUGACAGCAAAAGAAAUGCAAAUGGAUACCUAAGUGGGGAAUAUCGCGAGUACGGGUCUGACAGAAAACGUCCCGUGGUCGUAAAACAGAAGACCGUCUCAAAACCACAAAAGACCGUCUCAAAACCACAAAAGACAAAAUCAAAGCCGAAUAAGCAGGUUCCAGAAAAGAUUAUCCCAAAACCAGAAAAGCCAAAAUCAAAGGCUGUUAAGCAGGUUCCAGAAAAGAAUGUCACAAUAUCGGAUGAAAUAAAACCGAAGGAAAAUUAUCACAAUCUGGAAAAGAUGAUUAAACCCGAAAAGAAAACUGUGCAGAUUAAAACAGUCGAUGAUGAAUUCGUUGUUAAACAAUAUUUUAAUGCACCGAGAGCGGCAACAGUGACGGCGGCGGCACAGGCAUGGAGGCGGAUGUACGAGGUAAAAGACCAUUAAAACUAAAGCAACAUCCGGUUGGGGCACGUGAGAGUAUCCGACGUUCGAUGAGGUGGAACGGAGCAAUAGACUUCUGACAUUCUAGCACCCUUAGUUAUAGUCGGAAUGUCCUGUGGAAUAGGCCUACAGGGCUAAUUUUUUUCAAGACAUAGCCUAAAAUAUAUCACAGGAGUCUUAAUUUUCCACACUGUCCCAAGCCCUUCCCUCACCCCGUAUUGUUUUAUUUGUAGAAUGACGUCAGUGUUUCUGUCAGAAAGAAAUUUUUGGGUAUGGCGCUACGGAAUUGAAUGGAACCACAUUUAACGGGGUAUGGAUGGCCUCCCCAAGAAAGAAAAUGGGUUAAGGUUAGGGUUAAAAAAAUCAUACAGCAAUGACGAGAGUAAUUAAUUUUGUCAAAGGUUAACUUUAAAAAGAAAAUCUGCCAAAACAAUUGCCCGUUUUACCCUCUGGCAGAAACCCUGGACGUAUUUUCAUCUUGGCAUCACAUAUUUCUUUCGGCCUGCUACUUCUAAAAAAUAACGGCUGACCAUAUUUUGCUUGCCAUUUCGAGCCCUGGCCUAUAUUUAUAAUUUAUGCAAUACUUGAUGAUGAAUUUGAACAGAAUGACCCUCGAGACAAGAACAUACUAGCUGACUAUACAGCAUAUUAUGUUCGCUAUAUUUUUGUUGUUAAUUCGUUUGUCUAAUGUCACCUAUUGUGAUAACUGUAAAAUGUUUCAAAGUUGUUAUUCACUUGUGAUCAACAAGGUCUGUAAUGUGUUGGUGAACCCAUUCUUUGAUUGGCAAUCGGUCCGUAGGUAAGCGACAGUCUCAUAUAAAAACAUGUAGUCGGUGCUAUGAUAAUAAAAGAGGAGCAGGACGCAGCCCAGUGGUAAAGCGCUUGCUCGAUGCGGUUUGGGAACGAUCCCCGUCGGUGGGCCCAUUGGGCUAUUUCUCGUUCCAGCCAGUGCGUGACUGGUAUAUCAAAGGC